GUUGUAUUUUUGUGGAUGACGACGACGACCGACAGCGUUUUUGUCUGCUCGAGCAGCAUUAAUAUGUAUUUUAGUGUUGUGUCUUAGAGACCAGCUAACAGAAGAGCUAAACACACACACACAAUCUAUAUAUGCAUGCGUGUGUGUGAGUGUGUGUAGUUUGCCUUCUGAAUGUGAAAUUCAGUGCUUUUAAUUGAAAAUGAAAUGCAAAUUGCCUGCUAAGCGGCAUUAAAAGAAAAGAAAAAGAAAAUUAAAUAAAAGAAAAACAAAAAAAAGUCAACAGAAACGACUGAGUGAGUGCAUCUACAAGAACAACAACAACAACAACAACGACGACAACGACAACGAGUGACCCCAAAAAUUAUAGAUCAUGUUGCCGGCCCUUGUCAUCUUCGGGCUCCUACUGGCGGCUAUCCCCGCCAGUGCCCUUGGCCAGCAGCCGCGCUACAACAACAAUCGUUUCGAUACCGAAUCCGCAUCUCAAAGUCUGAUCCAAGGCAAUCCCAUAAACAUAUGUGAAUAUUGUCAAUGCGAGAAGACAACAAUUGUGUGUGAUUUUCAAAAAACCAAAAAACCCCUGUCCAGCAUAUGGAAUAGUGCAAUUGCAGUGCCACCAAAUUACACGGCAAUACAAGUGAUACUCACGCGUGACACGAAACUGGAACUACACGAUGGAUUCUUUCAAGUGAAAAAUCGUGUCAAUCGUGUCAUAAUCAUUGGAGGCGGUCAAGUGGAAAUCACACCAUUCGCCUUUCGAAAUAAUCAAGGUGGCUAUCCUGAUAUACAAAUCCUAAAUGUAUCGAAUGUUUUCCUGAAAGAGCAUUCAUUUUCGGGACGUGAAUUCAAAUUAACCGUAGAGGAGUGCGAUACUUUGGUCUUAUUUCCCGAGGCAUUUUCCAAUGUGAAUGCCUCAUGCAAUUUUGUGCGAAUCAAUCAUCUUGAAAUCAAUAAGAAAGCUUUUAGUACGAAUAGUACAGUGAAUUUGUACAUUGAGGAGGCUCAGAUGCGAGAGAUCCAAAGUUUUGAGGUAGUCAUGAACAAAAUCAAUAUCACGAAAUCAACAAUUGGCACCAUUCUCACAAAGGCUUUCGAUGUGACAAAUAUCAAUGAAUUGUCAUUUGAGAACUGCCGUAUACGUAAAAUCGAAACGAAUGCCUUGACAAAUCGUCUGUUUAGUAAUCAUGUAUCGAUAACCGAUUGUCAUAUAGAUGCCAUUGACAAGGAGGCGAUAAGUGGUAGUGGCAUCACAGAGUUGACCCUAAAAAAUAAUACCAUUGAAACCAUCGAAUCGGAGGCAUUGAAAGUGCAUAGCACUUUAGUAUUCAUACAGGAUAAUACGGUGAUGCAUUCGGGCAACGAUUGGCUUAUGGUCACAGAUGGUCAACAAAUUGUUGUCGAGAAUAAUCAUUUCAAGGACUCUGGCCAAGUUUCAUUGGGUCAUUCGAAGAAUCCGUUGAACUGCUCGUUUGCCAAUAAUCGUUUGGACUCGGCCAAAAGUAUCAUUCUGAAUAUCACAAAUUGUGUGGUGCGCUACAUUACCACGGCUCGAUCCUGCAAUUGCAAUAGCUCGGAUGUAGCCACCUCAUUUGAUCAUGAUUUCAGCUCGGAAAUCUAUUGCACCUUGGAUGCCAGAGAUCAGAGUUGCUUCAACGCCAGCUCAGUGAAUUCGCGACGUUACAGCAACGAGGCAUGCGGCACUAUGUUACCCAAUCGGACAAUGCGAUGCACCGAUGGCUCGGUGCGAAUACAUCGCAAGGGCUACGGAUUCAUAACCAAAGAGGAAAAUGCCCAAAUAAAUCGUGGCAUGCCAAUAUCCCAUAUUGUUGGCAUCGUUUUCGGUGUCCUAACAGUAUUGCUAGUCCCAAUCUGCAUUGCUUACUGUUGCUUGCGUAAGUUAUGCAAUCGCAAGGGUUGCGAGAGAACUGACAAGGCCAAAUACUGUUUCAAAAGCCAAUCGGAGCUAAGCGAACUGAAGAGCGGUGUAGCUAAUUUACCCGAUAAUUCGUCACUGCGUAAGAAAUGCGAAAGACUGAUGGCAAAUAAUGGUAAACAAACCAUCGCCGAAUGCAGUAAACAUAUUACAAAGCUAAUUAGCCAAACUAAUGAUAUACCACAUGACAUUAAUCUGUGUCUUGAGCGUCAUUUGAAGAAUCAUAAUCUCAACAAUACCUUGUCAUCCCAUAUUGAGGCAUAUGGUGGUGGUGGUGGCGUCGGUGGUGUCCUCGGUGGUGAUGAUGUGAUGACUGCCAUUGGUAACAAUAGUAGUCAACCAGCGCCCAGUGCUCCCAUAUUGCAAAAUGAGCUGCUGGGCGAUAAUCCCAUCUAUGAGGAGCUACAGGAGACACAGGGGCCACAGCAGCCGCUGCUUUAUGGUAUAUACUCAGAACCGCUUGAGAGCGGAUCAGUGGCUCCAGUUUAUUCGGAGCCCUUCAAUGCAGCCGAUGCGAAUGAUAUGCCACCGCCAUAUCAGGCUGAAUAUGCCACACCUAUGCGGCAUCAUCAUCAUCAGGUGCCACAAUCAUCAACAUUGUCUAUACAGCAGCAGCAGCAGCAGCAAAUCCCGUCCAGUCAUACAUUUAAUAAUACUAUUAAUCAUAAUAAUAAUAUUAAUAAUAAUAACAAUGCCAGAUAUGCCACGCCCGUUUGGCGUUCAGCUGCCAGUGCCACGCCUACAGCAACAGCAACAACAACAAUGCCAUUUAUGGCUUCCCCGCCCAUUACACACGCACAAAGGCAUGUGCGUGAUCUGCGGCAGGAUCUCGAGGCCAAGCCACAAUUUCAUCCCAAUCAAUUGACCUCGAUCCGUAACCAAAGACAAUUGCACCUCACACAAGUUGGCCCAACGGCAACAACUUCAACAACUCCUACACCAGUUACUGCCACCAUACGUCAUCCGCAGCAGCUUCAGCUUCAGCGGAAUCCUCGUCAACAGUUGAGCAACAGCAGCAGUAGAAAUAGCUUUGAGUGCCUCGAUGGGGCGGCCAGUUUGGCUGCCAUGGAGCAUAUGGAUAUGCGUGGAGCUGCCGGCGGCUGUGAUACGGGUUCGGAUCAUUCUGGUGGCAGCGAUGAGACUGUUAAAAUUGAUGAUGUCAUUCAGUAUGCGGAUGCCUAAAAGUAGGCAACAAAUAUAUACCUCCAAUUUCAAGGGGUUUCAAUGAAUGAACGAGAGAGAUAGAAGUAGAGAGAGAGAGAGGAGAGAAGAAACAAAUUUUGUGAUCUGUACAUAAACUAUAGUUGACUAUAGUCAACAUUUAAACAUAUAUAUUACCUACAUAUAAUCAUUUUUUUUUUUUUUUGUAUUUCUGUAAACAAUAAAACAAAAAAAAGGAAAAAAAACGAUA